GCUUAUUAUCCUACGAUCUACGUCCGCCGAAAUAUAUAGUUCGCAUCGGCAAUUCUUCUACUUUGCUCUAAACUGCGCGGUGUGUCUCGCACGACACGUCUUAAAUGCUUAUUUCGCGCUUUCCGCCGGCUAUAUUUAUUUCUCGCUUCUUCGAAGAAGGCGACACAAUUGUUUUCUCCUCUGGGCAUUUUGAAACUGGACACCGCUGGCGCUGAGGCCCCCUCUUUUCCAUGCGGAGGAAUACGUUGUUGCUGCUGACAAUGUGGAUGGAGGAGCUUUAAGAUGUCUACUAGAAGAAUGAAUCCAUCUCAAUUGUAGCAACAAAAAAGAAAAAAGCGAAGACUUGUGGCUGGCAGCGCUCGGUUGUUUGGAUACCGACCGAGUACUUUGUAUACUUUGUAUUUACGACGCGGAUUUGCUUCACCAAAGGAUGAAGUGCAAAUAGGAGACGGGGUUUUUUUUUUUUUAUGGUGAUCCAACGCUUUUCAUGCGCCGAGGUUCGAAUCGUGCUCAAGUUUUUUUUCGGGGGGUUUUUGUUUUCUUUUCAUCCUAUGAGAGUCAGCCUUUCUUUCUAACCGCUGGAUGUGAAGCAUCUCAUACAGAGAGGGCUCUUUAAAGACAGCGGGGCAUGAACGAGCAGCAGGGCCACAGAAUGGCGGUCGAAACAGAUAAGGAACUCAGCGACCUCUUGGAUUUUAGUGCGAUGUUUGCGCCCCCUGUGGCCAAUGGGAAGACUCGACCAACCACGCUUGCCAGCAGUCAGUUUGGUGGCUCGGGAUUGGAUGAGCGCAGUGGUUCCAGUCCCUGGGCUGCUGGGGAGCAGGGCAGCCCUUCGUUCAACCAUGGACGGAGUUACAGCGAGGGCACACACUACGGUGAGCAUGAUGGGCUGUCUUCCCCAUUCCUCAGCUCUGGGAUUGGCGGAAAGAAUGAAAGGGGACCUUACUCUUCAUUCAGUACCCAGCAAGGGUUCCUGCCUUCAGACAUUGUGAUGGCCAAUGCUGAUGCCAUGUCUCCCUCAGGCUUGAAGUCUGGCUCUCAGUUUUACCCCACAUUCUCCAACAACCCCCGGAGACGCCCACCAGAUGGAAACAUCGACACCCAGCCGAAAAAGAUUAGGAAGCCACCAGGACUGCCGUCUUCUGUGUAUGCCUCCACGUCCGGUGAUGAGUAUCCUCGAGACGGUGCUGGAUAUCCAGGCUCCAAAACGGGUCCCGUGUACCCCGGCUCUUUUUACAUGCAAGAGGGUCUGCACCCUUCCUCUGAUCCCUGGGCGUCUUCUGGGCCUCUGGGCCAGUCGGGCUAUUCGGCCAUGCUGGGCAACUCGCCCCACAUCAGCCAGCCAGGUUCCUUCACUGCCAUCAAUCCACAGGACAGGAUGAAGCGCCAGCCGCUGCCUCUUUCUCCACAAAACUACCCUCUUCACGGCGCUGACGUCAACGGCUUCCAUUCAGGCUCCGGAGCCUACAACCACACGUCGUCCAUUAACGGAGCUGACAGCAUUAUGGUCAGUAGAAGUUCAGCUACAGGCAGCUCAGGUGAUGAGAUUGGAAAAGCCCUAGCCUCGAUCUACCCUUCAGACCACAAUAGCAACAAUUUCCCCUCCACACCCUCCACGCCAGUCGGCUCACCCCAGGGCAUUGCAGGUGCUUCUCAGUGGCCAAGAUCUGCUAGCCAGACAGCUCUCUCACCUAGCUAUGAAGGUGGACUACAUGCACUUCAAAAUAAAAUGGAGGACCAUCUAGAGGAGGCCAUCCAUGUGCUGCGCAGUCAUGCGGUGGGUCAGGGCCCAGGCGCAAGCCUUGGUGGGGCCCAUUCAGAGGUUCACAGUCUGCUGGGUGCUGUGUCCUCGUCUGUUCAUAAUGGAUCCCUGGGAAGCCUUGGCCAGGGCUUCCCUGGUGCUGGGCUGGCUCUGGGCAACAGACAUCCCGCUAUGGGUGGAAGCCACCACGAUGACCCUGCAUGCCUCCCUCCCAGCAGCAGCCUAUUACCAACAUCCCACGCCUCGAGCACCCCACAGCCUGCAGGAGCACCAGAGGGCUUCACUAGUUUGCCAGGAGGCGUAGCCACACACUCUUCAAACAGCUCCGAUAUUAAGAGGGAAGACCGAGAAGACGAUGAGAACUCUUCCAUUGCAGAUAAGUCUGAAGAGGAAAAGAAGGACCCCAAAGUGUCUCGCAACAGAACAAGAAAGGAGGCGUUUUCCCUCCAGGUCCAUUCAAGUGUUUCAGACCAGGGAGAAGAUAAAGAUGACGAGGAUGAUGAAGAUCUGCCAGCUGAGGUGAAGAUGGAACGGGAGAAAGAGCGGCGUGUAGCCAACAACGCGCGUGAGAGAUUGCGUGUCCGAGACAUCAACGAGGCAUUUAAAGAGCUGGGCCGCAUGUGUCAACUACACCUGAGCACGGACAAACCACAGACCAAACUGCUCAUCCUUCACCAGGCCGUCAACGUCAUCCUCAAUCUGGAGCAGCAAGUGCGGGAGCGCAAUCUAAACCCGAAGGCAGCAUGUCUGAAACGACGGGAGGAAGAAAAAGUGUCUGGAGUAGUGGGUGACUCUCCAAUGCAGCUGCCAGGCCCUCACCCUACUCUGGGAGGAGAUGGACACAGUUCUGUCGGUCAUAUAUGAUGAUCAGUGGCUCAUGGAAGAAGUGGCCUUUUUUAUCUCUUCCUUCAUCCUCUUCAAAGUAUGUGUGUGUGUGUGUGUGCGCGUGAGUGUGUUUUCACACAUGUUGACUUGGAAAGUGUAUCGUCCAUGAAAUGUAAGAGGUGCAUCUUCACACGUCCAGAAACACAAGUGUACUGCCAAACUGACAACCCAUUUUGCUGCACUCCUGAUUGUGAUUACCAGCGUAAAUGUGAAGAACUCUGUGUAUUUUAUUUUCCUCCUUUUUUUUUGUAUUUUUCUGCUUCCAUGAACUGAUGGAACACAGGGAUAGAUAUAUCGUAUCUACCGAGGACAAUUUACCCCACAGCUGAGAGUAUGAGGGGGGAAGAACUUACAAAUGUCAAAAUAUAAUCAAGGAUUUGUGCCUAAAUAAUUGUUACAUUUUUAUAAGAGACACUGAAGCAAAUUGCUUACUUGUGUGGAACAAAUCUGUUUGGGAGUUGCUUGUAAAUGAGCAAUGUUUUUAUGUAGCUUGGCAUUCCCUGCUUAAAGGUACAGUCUUACAUGUGUUGUGUAACCAAACCCAUGUAAAGUGGGAGAGAACCUGUGGUGCUUUUGGGGACUGCAUUUCCCAACAUGCCCCUAGGUCUGUAUUUAAAGGGAGAAAGCUCACAGACCAGCUAAAGUCAUCAGACUCUUGUGAAACGAAUGGUUUCAAUCAAAGCUGAGAUUUUUCUUUUUCGAUUAACACUUUUUUUUAAAGCGUCGGACUGUGAUCAGUCACCGUUCUGCCAGUCGGAGCAAACACAAAGCUCACGGGAGCUCUGAAAAGGUGUCUGUAAACACCCCAGUUGAAAGUAUUUGGUACAUUUCUAAGUAAAUUCACCAGCGUGUGGUAUGUGUGAGUCUCAGCAUUCCUGCUUGUUUCCAGUUAUCUUGUCUCCUGUAUAAACCCAGAACGAAGCCCUGAUGCCCAGCAGUGUAAGAGUGUACAAUUACAUUAUUUCAGGGCUAUCCUGUCGUCAGCUUAGUAAGUAUGCUGUUCUAGCUGAAGAUACUCUGAUUCACAGAGAGUAAAUACUCCAGCACAUCUCUCAUUGUUCUCUUGUCCUUCCUAAAACACCAGUUCGAAGCAUUUUUCUGAAAACAGGCAUGUAUGCUCUCAUCGACUGUUUUUUUGCCAAAACACUGAAACCUCAUUGUGUCCACCUCACACAUGCAUAAAGGAUAUUAUUUCAACUUGAGCAAAAUGUAAGAACAUAUAUAUAUAAAAAUAUAUAUUUUGUUAGUAUAUACAUUGUAGAUUUAUAAAUAAUAAAAAAAAAAAUUCAUUAUUAAUUUGAAGUGUAGAAAUCUAUAUUGUUCGAGAGAGAGAGAGAGCGAGUAGGGCAGGGUAUGAUGAAAUGACUGGAGAAGUGCGUUUCAGAACGGCUGUGGAUUAUAUGCGUAAUGUCCAUUUCUAGUCCAUUCUGUUCAGCUGCGCUCCACUGACCAUGGACAGCGUCUGUAUGCGUAACAUUUACUCUCUAUGUUGCUGUGUUUAGGCUUCAUUUAGCUCUGUCACAAAAACAGGUAAAGGAUUGAAUUGAUUCUGAUGUUUGAGCGUUCUAGGAAGCCUGUUGUGUCAAAACAUUGUUACUGAUGGAUGAAAAAAUAUCUUUCCUUUUGGUUAGGGAAGGCAGGUAACGCAGUUAUGUCACUGUCUGUAAUUACAAUUCCCUUCAUACUGAAUUUUUAUCAAAUUUAUUAAGCGACUAUUGCCCAGCUCUCGUUUCAGUUUUGAACCCAUUAUGCAACUGGUUUUGAAUGUACACUCAAAUAUAGAUCCUACUCCUUAUUUGCUGUACGUCCGAAUACUGCCAGUUCACUUCUAUUAUUUCAUAUGACAGUAUAUAAUCUAUCCAUUUCUGAUUAAAAACAUUUUUAUUUUUUUUUUUAUAUCUUGUGUGAUUUACAUGGAUGGUUUAACGUAUGUAAGAUAAUACAGUGUUAAUUCAUAAUACGUCUACAAUCCUGUCUGCUGUGGACACUGUUAAAUAUCUGUUUUCGAGAUAGAGAUUAUAGGAAUUGCAUAUUGAUUACUGAGGGAGGAAUGCAUAAUUGACCUUUGGAAUAUUUUCAAUGUGGCCUUCUCAUUCUCAAGGCAGUCGUAUUUGGUGCCUUAUUAGUGCCUAAAUUUAUUUUUCUUCUGAAAUUAUUAUUCUUCAUUUAUCUUUAAAAUGUUCUGAAGUGCUCAAAGUAAAUGUAUGGCUAAAAGUCUCUCGACUGACAUUUCAUUUUUCAGGAAAAAAAAAGAGAGAGAGAGAGAGAAAUGAAUCAACUGUUCCAUAAAUUUCUACAUUUCUGAUUAGGUAUGUGUGAUUUUGUCAAUAAUCUGACGCUUGUGGGGUUUUUUUGUUUUGUUUUGUUUACUUGUGUAACCCCCCCCCUCUCCUAUUUCUUUCUGUUGGUGUCUGUUGCCAAGUACUCAUGAUUGGGAAAGCAUGUCAAACUACGGGAGAAGGAUCUUCCAUUCUGAGGAUUGUUUAAACACUAGACUGUUAGCAGUAUUUUCCACCACCAGCCAAACACUUAAGAAAUGGCAUAUUGUAGGACUCUAGCAAUGAGCACACACAUUAGCGUUUGGUUUCAUGUUUUCUUUUUUUACAACCCUGAGAGAAAUGAAAAGCAGGAUUUUUUUUUUUUUUUAUCUGUAUGGCUUUGCUUUUGUUGCCAACAUUAGCUUGAAGUCCAUCACUGCAUUUACAUGACAUCCAGAAACAUUAAAAAAAAUGUUUGUUUGCUGGUUCAAUUACACAAGUGAGACAUUACAGACUGGAGGAUAAAUUAUUUGGAUUUUUCUCCUUUUUAAAUUUGUUUGCAACGACUAUAAAGAUUUCACACAAAACUAAAUUUCAGAGUUCUUGUCAAGCAUGAACAUGCAUGUCCUGUGGCAAUUUCUAUUUUUAUGGGAACUGUUCCAGCUUUUCAAAAUGCAGCAUUUAAUAACAACUGUUGUAUCUGAAGCAAAACGUCCUGCCUGACAUUUUUUUUUAAUACUAAUACACCACUGUUAUUCCAACACUUUGAAUAGGGGACAUGAACAAUACAGAAUACUGCUGUUGUGGCUUCAGAGUGCCUCCUGGUGUGGGUGUGUGUGUGGGUCUGCGUGCCUGCGUGUGUGUGUGUGUCUUUUCAGUCUCUUACUUCUGUCUCUUGUUUUUAUAAAUAUAUAUAUAUA